GUGAUUAUUUCGUCUUUACGGGGGUCUGACGCCAAUUUUUACUCCGCGAAUUCCUAAGAAAAAAUUCAAUUGUUCACUCGUUGCGUUAUUUUUCUGGGUUGCACUUCAAUUUCAUUGGGUACAUCAUCUUCGGGAGUUUUUUUUUUGGAUUCACCUGGUGCCGUCAGGGUUUAGUGUCACUCAGGAUUUUUCUCUUUUUUUUUUACAUAAAGCGUGGAGAGACAAUUUUUUUAGAGGCUGUUAAUGUGCCGUUUAAUUAGGGACAUUUUAACACACGUGUUGUGCUGUUUUAACCGUUUAUUUUCGAGAGAAUGAGAACAAAAUCGUUGUGGAUUCUGUUCAUCCUGACAUGCCUGAUUCCCGUUCAGGCGACGGAGGAUCACCUCCUGGAGCGGGCAGCAGCCCAAUUGAACAGGUUAUCAGGAUUCAGGAGGACAGAUGUCCCAGAAAUGAUGAGUGAGGAUAAAAAUCCAGUAAAUAGUGAACGAAUCGAUGAUAAUAAUAAUCUCCUGAACACUGACGCCCUGAAGAGGAUCGACGAACUGGCCCAGGCGGCCUACAACUUUUACAAAGAUCCCAAUUAUGACGCAAUGAUGCAAAGAAUAAAGAGAUCAGGAAGUGGUGAUUUUGUGUCAGGAAUAGCAAAUAAAGUUGUUGGAGGAGUGGUUGGAGCUGUUGGUGGACUGUCCAGUGGACUCUCCGGAGGAUCCAGUGGGCCUCAGGCCCAUGACUCCUACGGAGCACCAGUUGAACCGUACGGCCCGAAGCAAUUCAGCAUUUUUGACUUCAAAAAGGCUAUUCUCAAUACUGUCCUUCAAGCACUGAAAGCUCUAGCUGGUGGUGCACUGGCGUUGAAGGGGCAGCUGAUUAAGGGUGGAGGUUUCGUGGUGCAGACGAAAGGACGGGUUAUAUCGUCAGCUGGUGAGGCAAUAUCAUCUCUAGGUUCCAAGAUAGCUAGUAGUGCUGUAAUUAGUGCACCAAAACCAGUGUACGGUGCACCAGGUUACUCGUACGAUACCCAUCACACACAAGAUAUUUCGUAUGAUGGACCACCUCCUAGCCCAGAUGCAUCUUACAACGAUCACAGUGUUUAUCAUCCUGGGCCCUACGGCAGUCCCUCUUCCGACAGCCCAGCAGAGGAUCCAGGGCUUCUCCUGGUGAAGGAUACGAACCCAGGGGAUUCCCCACACUCAGAUGACCACCAGAAUCACAUCCCAGUGGAGCCUCACCAUCCGGAGUCAUCCCAAAGUGGUGGAACCCUGGAGGAGAGUUUCGGAGGGCCUCCGAAGGUGUCAGCCAUCGGGAAAUUCACUGGUGUUGUCAGUGGCACCUUCGAGCCCAUCCAGAGUCACCAACUGAGUCCUCAAACCAACGACAAUUACUACCUCGAACACAAGGAGCCGAGUCCCCAGGACGCGCCCCAGGCCCUCAACCCGGCAUUACCUCCAGAAAAUUCUCAAGCCCACCAGGAGAACACUCAGAGCAAUCAGGAAGCCUUCCAGGCUCUCCAGGCCGUCAUCAACCCCCACCUUGGCAUCUCCAAUGAUCAACCCCUUAAUUACCAGCACAAUCAAUUCAAUUACCAAAAUUCAGGGGCUCAUCAGUUUAAUUAUCAGAAUCAAGGACAUAAUGAGUUGAAUUAUCAGAAUCAGGGAGUUGGAUUUAAUGGGCAGCAGCCAUUGAAGCCGAUUUUUGAACAGCAGAAUGCCCUGGACUCGGUGAAUCUUGGGGUCCUCGGUAUUCCUAAUUCCUAUGGGAUUCCUCUGCAACCUGUCGAUCUCCCUGGGGGCUAUGGGGUCUGGAAGAGGAGUGGAUUUUAUAGAGUUAAAAAGGGCGCCUACUGGAGGUAUCGAUCUGAACCCAAAAUCUACAGGAUAUAGACGCGUCUGUGAUUUUAUUCCAGUCUUCCUGAUGUUUCUUACGUCGCUGGUUUAUUUUUUUAUCCACACGUACACGUACUACCC